CACUCAUUUUGCUCCGUAUGUAGUCCGUAGUGGAAUCUCUAAAAAGACUUAUAUUUAGGAACGGAGGGAGUAUAUAGUUAGAGGCUUAGAGCAUAUAGUAUGAGCUGCGGUUUUGAAGAGCCGUCCCCUAUGCAACUGUUACUGAGAAGGUGACAACCGCCAACGUUGAGCUGCUGCUACAAAGGCAGGCUCAGAGACAGAGCAGAAGGUAACGCGCCGACGGCUCCAACUGGGGCGGAGGUUAACAGCAAAACCGGAGAGAACCCCAUGGCAUCGAUCCGGGGGAGGAGCGAGGACAACCGGCAGCGCCGCCGACGAGUUGACGGCGGGGUGGAUGAGGUCGUGGCCGGAGGAGGGGAAGAGGAUGCGCAGGCCUCGCGAGACGAGCAGCAGGAGCAGCUGGAGCCUGGUGGGCUUGGCCAGUGAACGACGUACCGUCCAUGAGUCGUAUCCGUCAAUCCGUGUCCGACUCCGGUCGUGGCCGCAAGCCCGACUUCGACUUGCUUUGCUGGUCCUGGUAUACGAGCAUAUAUAAAUUGAAGAGAGGGCCAGGCCAUGGUGUACCAGCAUCGCAGACAAGCGCUUUACGUUCGUUCCUGGUUUUUCGUUGGCGAAAGAGUUGGCCAGCAGUAGUAGUAGAGCGAUCCGCCUCGGCAACGCAAAAGCGCCGCCGGGAUCGAUGAAGCUUCUUCCGGCUGCCCUCGGCCUCGUCCUCCUCCUCCUGCUCGUUCUGAAUCCCAAUGGCGUGGAGGCCCGGCCAGCCCCAGCCGGCGGCCAUCAGAAGAAGGGGUCGAGCGCUACCUUCUUCGUCUUCGGGGAUGACUUCGCCGACAACGGGAACCUCCCUCCGACCGACCACGUCACCGAGAUGUCGAGGCAAUGGGCCUACCCCUACGGCUCCAACUACGUCGAUGCCGAUGGGUUUCCGCGGCCGAAUACUCCGUCCGGCCGUUUCUCAAACUACAAAAUCCAGUCGGAUUUCAUCGCAACAAUGCUGGGAUUGGAGGAAGCCCCUCCGGCGCAUGCCCGCACGGCCGAGAAAACCUGCGACCCAUCCGGCAUGACCUUUGCUACCGGUGGUGCAGGCGUGUUGGGCAGUACAUCACACGAGGUCCCCGCCCUUGCCAAGCAGGUCGACACUUUUCGGAAGAUGGUCAAGGACGGGACCAUCACGGAGAAUCAACUGAGUCGCUCUGUAGCGCUCGUGGCCUUCUCCGGUAAUGACUAUGCAAGCACCGGUGUCAUUGGCCUAAGUAGCCCCAAUGAUAUUAAUGCUUAUAUUGGAAAGGUGACAAAAGAGAUUGCAGCUAAUGUGGAUCAAUUGUUGAAGCUUGGGGUGACAAAGGUUCUUGUCAAUAACUUGCACCCUAUCGGUUGCACGCCAUCACACACCCGAACCAACAACUACACCACGUGUGAUAUUUUUGGAAACUUGGGUGCAUCCAUCCACAAUGAUAAUCUGAAACAAGUUAUGACAUCAAAGAAGAAUGUCUACAUCAUCGACGUGUACACCACCUUCACAAAUAUUGUGGAUCAUGCGGCAGGUAAAGGCUCAGAGUUGUCUAAACAAUUCAAGCGCAAACUAUCGCCGUGCUGCGAGAGUUUGAAUUCGAAGGGUUACUGCGGACAGCAGGACGAGUCAUCCGCGGAGCUUCUGUACACUGUGUGCGACAAAUCGAGCAAAUUUUUCUAUUGGGACGACAUGCACCCAACACACGCAGGAUGGGAAGCUGUCAUGAAACAGGUGGAAAAACCCUUGAAGGUGUUUGUAGAUCAAGACUAGGUAGCCAGGUUUCAUAUGUCGUUGUAGCGCUUUUCGUACAUGAUGACAAUAUUCUGAUUGUAUUUGUUCGAUAGUUUUAAGCAUUUCAAAGACUGUACUUUCUGGAUUUGAGUCUUCUUUUGUAGAAACUAUAUUCAUAAGAAGUAAUUAAUGUAUUUCAUAUCGCACAUCUACAAUAAAGAUGUGUUCUAGCUA